AUGCCGUCCACCUCCCACGAAAAAGUUGAAUUUUUGAAAAGUUUGAAACCAGAAAAUGUUGAACCGUUAUGGACAGUUAUGUCUGCUAUGGUCCCGCCUGUCCCCAUGCCAAAAGCAGUCCCCACUGUUUGGGACUACAAGAAGUUGAGGCCUUUGUUGGUUGAGUCUGGUCGUUUGGUGCCUGCUGAGGAAUCUGAGAGAAGAGUGUUGAUGUUGAUCAAUCCAGCCUUGAAAGCUCCACAAACGACUGAUACUUUGUAUGCCGGUUUGCAAUACAUCAACACAGGGGAAGUUGCGCCCGCUCAUAGACAUUCAGCUUUUGCAUUGAGAUUCAUUAUUGAGGGUGAAGGUGGUUACACUGCGGUGGAAGGUCAAAGAAUCUACAUGAACAGAGGCGAUGUCAUAUUGACUCCAAGAUGGGAGUGGCAUGACCAUGGAAAGGAAGGUGAUGGGCCAAUGAUUUGGUUAGAUGGUCUUGACUUGCCAUUGUUUCAAGCUAUUCCAGUCAACUUUGCUGAGCAUUAUCACGAUGAUUGUUAUCCAGCCGAGACAGUUGCUGAAUCUAAUAUCAAGUUUCCAUGGAAGGCCACUCAAGAGCACCUUGAUUCUGUCAAAGAUGAUUAUGCUGUUUUCAACUACACUCGCGAAAGUGGAGCCCCAUUGUCAAGUAUUCUCACCGCUCAAGCUGAAAGGGUCAAUGCUGGAAAGUCAAGCGAAUGGCGUCAGGAGAACUCCUCGUUUGUUUACCAUGUGUAUGAAGGUACUGGUUACACUGUCAUCAAGGAAGACAAUGGGGAGGACACAGUGUUGAAAUGGGAUGGCAAGGAUACGUUUUGUGUUCCCGCUUGGAAGAAGUUUAAACUUGUCAAUGGUGGUGCUGAAAGUGCCUACCUUUUCUCCUUCAAUGACUCUCCAUUACUCAAGAGCUUGGAGAUUCACAGAGCAAAACAAGCGUAG